CUCAAUUCAAGCAAGAUGGCCACCUCAGCGUCAGAUAACCAAACAUCAUAUUGGUUAAACUUCUUUAAGGAUGCAGGGAUUCCAGCAGGGGAUUCAGCCAAUUAUGCUGUUUUGUUCACAGACAACAGAAUCUGUAAAGAAAUGUUACUAGAUUUGUCGAAAGAAUAUCUGAAAGAUAUGGGUAUUGCAAUAUUAGGAGAUAUUAUAGCUAUUUUAAAACAUGCUAAAACUGUCCAUACUCAGUUAGCAAGAGAUCGUGCUCUGAAUGUAACCUCACCUAUAGUUACUGUUACAGCAGGAACCAAUUCACCUACGCCAAGAAAAUCUACACCUGCCAGUAGGACGAUAGGACAUUAUAUGAGAAAAUAUCCUGAUGCUACUCCAAUGAAUGAAGUUCCAACUCCUAAAACAGACAGAUGUAUGGGAUAUCAAGGAAAGCCCUUCUCAAUCAUGCCCCAUUGUGAUACAGGUAAAAGGUCGUCAGUAUUUGAUAGAUUAGGUGAAGAAACGCCUACAACAGGUAGAACUGUUACAGGUUUAACUACAUCUGCAUCAGUUUUUAAUAGAUUGGGUGAUAAAACAACAUUAAAACGAACAGCUUCAUCAAGUAUUGAUGAAAUAACUAAACCUCUAGAAUAUGCUGGUGUAUUAAAAUCUUCACCUCAUUCUCCUCCUAAAAAAACUAAAGUUGUGACAAUAGUGAAGCCUAAAACAGUAUUGAAACCUACUACAGUUAAAACUACCAGUACAACUAUAAAAAGAGUACCUAAUAUAAAGAAAACUAUCAUAAUACAGAAACCUGAAAUAUCCACAACAUGUCCAGUGAGUUCAUCAAGUACAGCUGGUAUUUUUUCACCCUUCGCUCAUACAGAAUCUCUGAGUGCUAAACAAAGAUUAGGAAAGAAAGUAAUCACAGCACCAGCUAGCAGUACAACAGGAGAUAAAUCACCCACUAAAAUAUCUGUUAAAGUCUCGGGAACAACAGCUAAAUCUAUCUCAGGUUCAGGUGGAAUAAAAGGUAGAUUGGGGCCUGUGACCAGUACCACCACCGCCACAACUAAACUUAUAACUAUCAAUAAAACAGAUACUAGUAAAGAACCUGGAGUGUUUGGUAGAUUGGGCAAGAAAGUAACGUGA